CUUCGCAGAUACUACGGACGAUGGAGACACUGAUUUGUAUUUCGCUACUGUUUGGCAUUCUUGUUCCUUUCACUGUAAGUCUUCACAGUGCAAACAGUGCACCAAAGAUAGUUGAAGUACCAAGAUCGGAUUUGUUUCUCAAUUUCAAACAUAAUUUAUUGAGAUCAAUCGGAAAUGAGUUUGCUGGACAGUUUCCAUUCUUUCCAUUCGGAGCAGCAACCGCAGCUUACCAAAUUGAAGGCUCCUGGAGUGAAGACGGUAAAGGACCCUCGGUAUGGGACACCCUAACUCAUCAACAUCCAGAGCUAGUAGUGGAUCAUGCAACCGGUGACGUAGCCGCAGACUCGUAUCAUCGCUUCCAAGAAGAUAUCGCUGCCCUGAAGGAAGUCGGCAUGCAUUUUUAUCGCUUUUCAAUAUCAUGGUCACGAAUUCUUCCAGAGGGAGACCUACCCUCGCUCCAACAGGCAGGUAUUGAUUACUACAACAAUCUGAUCGAUUCGCUUCUGGUUGCCAAAAUCCAACCCGUGGUCACCAUGCUCCACUACGAUGUCCCCCAGUACCUGCAAAAUCUGGGUGGACUGGCAUCUCCUUUAUUCGUACGAUAUUUUGCAAUUUACGCUGAUACGCUAUUUCGCUUCUUUGGCGAUCGUGUCACGGUUUGGAUCACCCACAACGAACCAAUGGAUUUUUGCGUUACCGGAUACGGUAGCGGAAGCGAAGGCCCCCUAGUUUAUGCUCCCGGUGUUGGAGAGUAUCUUUGCGCUCAUUACGUACUGCUAAGUCACGCGGCUGCGUAUGAUGUCUACAACAAAACAUACCGAAAUGUUCAAGAAGGGCAUGUUGGCAUCACGCUCAGUGGAAGAUACUUCUAUCCGGCAAACAAUGCCACCGGAGCUGACGUAAUAGAUCGUGCGCUACAAUAUCAGCUAGGAUGGUUUGCUCAUCCACUGUUCAGCGAAGCGGGCGGUUACCCUCCCAUCAUGGUACAGGAUAUUGCAGAUCAUAGCCUGCGUGAGGGACGCACCAUAUCGCGGCUUCCGGAAAUGUCGGAAUUCGAAAAACAAUUUAUUCGAGGAUCAGUUGAUUUUCUCGGUUAUAACUAUUACAGCAGCCGGCUGGUUAAAUUGGAUGAACGCGAGUACAAUAUCACAGGUCCACCUUCACUGGACAAAGACGCUGGUUUAGUGUACAGUGUCGAUCCUUCGUGGAAGCGAGCUAAAUCUAGCUGGCUAUACGUGGUCCCGGAGGGUCUGCGAGGAGCAUUGAACUGGUUGAAAUCGGAGUAUAACAACCCGUUGGUGUUGAUCACCGAAAAUGGGUACUCGGACGAUGGUCAAUUGGAUGAUCACGAUCGGAUCGAGUACUACCGAAGUCACUUGGUUCAGCUGUUGUAUGCAAUGGAGGAUAAAUGCAACGUGGUAGGGUUUACCGCUUGGAGCAUCAUUGAUAAUUUUGAAUGGCUCAGAGGAUACAGCGAAAAAUUCGGUCUAUAUCAUGUCAACUUCUCCAGUCCUCACCUCGAACGCAAGCCAAAGCUAUCUGCGAAGUUUUUCAAGGAUUUGAUAAAAACUGGAAAAAUUCCAGAGAAGCAAAUCUACUAAAUUUUGCAUAAAAUUGGAAAUUUGGUCACAUAUUACAAUCGUAGAAAAUCACUUGAGAUGUUAUAUUUAUUGAGAUAUAAUAAAAAA